AUGGCGUUCAACAACCUUCUUCACGUUCUUUUCUUCGCCGUCCUCUCCUUCACCUCUUCUGCUCUGGCCGCCUUUGGCGUCACCACCUCGGGCAACAACCUCAUUGUCGAUGCCGGAUCAUCCAACUCUCUCGUCUUCUCUGUCUCCAAGUCCAGCUGUGACAUCAACUCCAUCAAGUACCGCGGCAAUGAGCUUCAGUAUGGCAGCAAGGGCAGCCACAUCAGCUCCGGUCUUGGAACUGCCACUGUCGCUUCUACCACCAUCAAGGCCAGCACUGGCAAUGUGAUCAAGGUCACCUGCACCACCUCGACGUUGACUCACUACCUCAUCGUCAAGGAGGGUGAGGCCAACAUUUACAUGGCUACCUACAUCACUGCUGAGCCCUCUAUCGGUGAGCUGCGCUUCAUCGCUCGUCUCAACAAGGACAUCCUGCCCAGCGAAUACCCCUUCGGUGCCGUUUCCACCACCGCCGGUUCUUCUUCCACCGUCGAGGGCUCCGAUGUCUUCGUCGUUAGCGGCCAGACCCGGUCCAAGUUCUACUCCUCCGAGCGCUUCAUCGACGACAAGGUCCGCUGCGUCUACGGCACCAGCCCCGAGGAGAUCCACGUCUGCAUCUCCGUCAACCCGGCCACCGGUUUCGAGCUCUCCUCUGGAGGUCCCUUCUUCCGCGACAUCAACACCAACAACGCCGGCGACUCCACCAACCUGUACAACUACAUGAACAGCGGUCACGUCCAGACCGAGGCCUUCCGCAUGGGUCUCCACGGCCCCUACGUGAUGAGCUUCUCCCGCUCCGGUAUCCCCAAGGCUACCGACUUCAACUACGACUUCUACAAGGACCUCAGCCUCUCGGGCUACGUCGCCGCCUCCGGCCGUGGUACCGUCACCGGCACCGCCUCCGGCAUCUCCGGCAGCUUCCAGCGUGUUGUUCACUGGUACAACGCCAACGCCCAGUACUGGGCCUAUGCUUCCUCCAGCGGCGCCUUCACCUCGCCCGCCAUGAAGCCCGGCACCUACACCAUGGUCCUCUACCAGACCGAGUUCAAGGUUGCCACUUCGUCCGUCACCGUCACCGCCGGCAAGGCCACCACCGCCAACAUCGCCAGCACCUUGACCUCCCACACCAGCCUCUUCAAGAUCGGCGAGUACGACGGCCAGCCCACUGGUUUCCGCAACGCCGACAAGCAGCUCCGCAUGCACCCCUCCGACAGCCGCAUGAGCAGCUGGGGCCCUCUGACCUACACCGUCGGCUCCUCCUCCGCCUCCGACUUCCCCAUGGCCGUCUUCACCGCCGUCAACAACCCCGUCACCAUCAAGUUCAACCUCAACUCCGCCCCGGGUGCUGCCACCCUCCGCAUCGCCACCACUCUCAGCUUCGCCAGCGGUCGUCCCCAGGCCAAGGUCAACAGCUGGAGCGGCGCCACCCCUGCUGCGCCCACCAAGAUCGACUCCCGUGGUGUUACCCGUGGUGCCUACCGUGGCUACGGCGAGAUCUACGACGUCGCUAUCCCUGCUGGCACUCUCGUUGCUGGAGCCAACACCAUCACCAUUACUAUUGCCUCCGGCAGCAGUGGCGACACUUACCUGAGCCCCAAUGUCAUCUUUGACUGCGUUGAGCUCUUUAAGUAA